UGUGGUCAAACCCGAACAGCUCCAGGAGGGAGAGGAGGAGGAGAGAGCCGCAGCAGCAGCGUCGCAGCCUUCAAUGGGCUCCUCGGUUAGCAGCUUAGCUUAGCAUCGUCCCCACCGUGCACGGCUCCAAGAUGAUGAAGUUUCGGUUCCGUCGGCAGGGAACCGACCCGCAGAGAGAGAAGAUAAAGCAGGAGCUGUUCGCCUUCAACAAGACUGUGGAACAUGGGUUCCCUCAUCAGCCCAGUGCUUUGGCCUUUGACCCCAAACUGGAACUUAUGGCCAUUGGAACAAAGUCAGGAGCCAUCAAAGUUUACGGGUCUCCUGGUGUGGAGUUCACUGGACUUCACAACGACACCACCGCUGUCACACAAAUCCACUUCCUGCCUGGACAGGGCCGCCUGCUGUCACUGCUGGAUGACAACACCAUCCACCUGUGGGAGCUGGUGGCCGGGGCCCCUAGAGAGGUGGGAGGAGUCAAGAGAGAAGGCCUGGUCUAUCUACAGGAAGUGGAUAGCUACAGCCUCCCAGGAAGACCUGGCAUUGAAAGCUGCAGUGCCACUCGGGUGACCGUCCUCCUCUUGUUGAGGUCAAGCGACCUGCUGUGCGUCGGAACAGAGGGAGGGGGCGUGUACUUCCUGGAGUUGCCCCGUCUAACACUGAAGGACAACCAGACGCUGCUCCAGGAUCAGGUCAUGCAGAGCCUGCCAGAUGAUUACAGAUGUGGGAAAUCCUUGGGGCCGGUGGAAUCUCUUCAGGAGCAUCCCCAGCAGUCAGGGAAGAUUCUGAUUGGCUACAGCCGAGGCCUGGUGGUCCUCUGGGAUCUGAGCACCCGACAUACCGAGCAGCUCUUCCUGGGCAAGCAGCAGCUGGAGAGCCUGGUGUGGGAACGAUCUGGAAACUUAUUUGUGAGUUCCCAUAACGAUGGGGGCUACUCUGUGUGGGCUGUUACUAACGGCAACACCUACAAUCACCAGCCAGUGUCCUCCACCAUCCCAUAUGGUCCGUUUCCCUGUAAGGCCGUCAACAAGAUCCUGUGGAGAACAACACAGACAGGUUCUCCAGUGUUGUUGUACAGUGGAGGGAUGCCCAGAGCCAGCUACGGUGACCGCCACUGUCUGACCAUUCAACAGGACAAAGAUCACGUCACUCUGGACUUCACAUCCCGAGUCAUCGACUUCUUCACCGUCCACAGCAUUGAGCAGGAGAAAGAGUUUGAUGAAGCGUCUGCGUUGGUAGUUCUGCUGGAAGAGGAGCUGGUUGUGAUUGACCUCAAGACCCCCGGCUGGCCGUCACUGCCCACCCCCUACCUGGCUCCUCUCCACUCCUCAGCCAUCACCUGCUCCUUCCACGUCUCCAGCGUCCCGCCCAAACUCUGGGAGAGGCUGGUCAACGCUGGCAAAGCACAGCAGGGCCGACAACAAGCACACGGGAGUUGGCCCAUUUGUGGAGGGAAAAACAUCGCUCCUCCACCCAAACAACAGGAGCUGCUGUUGACAGGUCACGAGGACGGCACUGUGCGUUUCUGGGAUGCGUCGGGCGUCGCUCUCACUCCGAUGUACAAACUCGGCACAGCCAACGUUUUCCACACCGACUGCGACCCUAGCGACGACCCUCAGGACCCUAGCGACGACCCCGACAUGCAGCAGGAGGAGGAGUGGCCUCCCUUCAGGAAGGUGGGCUGUUUCGACCCGUACAGUGAUGACCCCAGACUGGGCAUCCAGAAGAUCAGUCUGUGCAAAUACAGCAACAAGCUGGUGGUGGCUGGAACUGCUGGACAGGUGAUUGUUAUGGGUUUGAGCGACGAGCGUUCGGACCACCUGGUGGACGUGUCGGUGGUCGACCUGCUGCAGGACCGGGAGGGCUUCACCUGGAAGGGCCACGACAGGCUGGAGCCGCGACUCAAACCCGCCUCCUUCCCUCCGGGCUUUCAGCCGCUGGUGCUGGUGCAGUGCAUGCCCCCGGCCUCCGUCACAGCGGUGGCUCUGCACGCCGAGUGGAACCUGAUCUCCUUCGGGACGAGUCAUGGAUUUGGUCUGUUUGACUACCACAGGAGAAAUGCUGUGCUGGCCAGGUGCACCCUGCACCCUAAUGACUCCUUGGCGAUGGAGGGCCCCCUGUCCAGAGUCAAAUCUUUGAAAAAGUCCUUACGACAGAGCUUCAGACGGAUCCGCAAGAGCAGGGUGUCGGGCAAGAAGCGCCCCAUCACCACACCCACCAGCAAGGUUCAGGAGGCCAACGCCGCUCUAGCAGAGCAGGAGGACGUGGCUCCGAUACAGAGAAGGAUCGAACCCCGGUCAGCAGACGACUCGCUGUCUGGAGUGGUCCGUUGUCUCUGCUUCGCUGACACUUUUCUACGUGACGGUACUCACCACGGCGCCACACUGUGGGCGGGCACCAACUCGGGCAGUGUGUAUGCGUACGCUCUGGAGGUGCCCGGCGUCGGCUCGGGACGUGUGUGUGAGCGCGGUGGGGCGGGAGAGAGCAGCGUGUGUGUGGAGGCAGUUUUGGGCAAAGAGAUCCAGCUGAUGCACAGAGCCCCCGUGGUGUCCAUCUCCGUGUUGGACGGCCGGGGGAAACCGCUGCCGGACCCGUACGAAGCCUCCCAGGACCUCGCCAUCGCACCGGACAUGACCAACGCUCACUCUGUCCUAAUCGCCUCAGAGGAACAGCUAAAGGUGUUCUCUCUCCCCAAAGUGAGCGCAAAGACCAAGUUCAAGCUGACGGCGCACGAAGGCUGUCGGGUGAGGAAGGUGGCCCUGGUGGUGUUCGGCUCCACGGCUCAGGAGGACUACUGCGAACACACACUGGUCUGUCUCACCAACCUGGGCGACAUGCACCUCUUCAACAUACCUGGCCUUCGACCACAGGUGCGCUACGACUGCAUCCGUAAGGAAGACAUCAGCGGCAUUGCAUCCUGCGUCUUCACAAAGAACGGACAGGGGUUUUACCUGAUCUCUCCCUCAGAGUAUGAGAGGUUCUCGCUGUCUGCAAAGGUCCUCACUGAACCGCUCUGCUCUCUUCAGCUGGACCGACCGCUAGAGCCCACACCGGCCAGCGAUGGUACUACGACGCAGACGCAGGCCAACGGAACCCACAAGAACCAGAUGGGUCAGGCUGAGGGGCAAACAGAGGAUCCUCCCAGCACCCUGUCCUCUCCCAUCCUGGACACCCCUCUGGACUCCCCCCUCAGCUGUGGUGACAUCACCCUCGACUCCACCGGAGAAAUCACCGUAGAGGACGUCAGGGAUUUUCUAACCACUGUGGAUGAGGCAGAGAAUAACCUGAAGAACAUUAAAGAGGAGGAGGGACGCUCGACUGGCAUCCUCAUUAACUAAACAGUAGGAGCUCAAGUGUUCUGGAUGGACCACAAACAUCUCCCAUCAGCCCUCUGUGGAGCCCUCAACAGGCACUCGGCACAAACUGGGAGGAACGCCUUCACACCAGUGUUGUUUGAUCCUCCAACUGGAAGAACUACAUCUUCUUCUUCUUCUUAUAUACAACCACUUUGGAAACAUGACAUUGCCUCCCACAUGGAACUAGAGACCUAGCUAGCACAGAGUGUCGCCUGGAUGGACCUGGAGCUGAUGAUUAUGAUUCCAUGCACUGAAAAUUGGACUGUUUCCCAUCAUCCAUCUUGGCUCUCUGUGCGAUCGUUCCUUUUUGGCGCUUCUACCCUCGGAGACUUGAUGGUCGUUGGGCCGUUCUCCAGGAAAGAGCCUGCGUAGGAGACUUACCAGUGACGUUUCUGUGUUUUUAUUUUUCUAUCCACAGUCUUUUUGGCGUGCUGGGUCUGGUCUUGAGGUUUUCCCCCAACAGUUGGAACUGUAAUCGACACUCAAAUGGCGCUUGUUGAUUCCUCGUGCACACUCGUGGAUGUGUCGGAUUGUUUUGCACGCUGCCUAACGCCACCAGAGCCCUGUGAAUGAGCCCUGUUUAUGAAAGGAGGAUGUAAAGCAGAGACUGAAAGGGAGCAUUGUGGAGUCCAAGACUGUAAGGAAAUGAAGUAUUUUGAACAUUUGAAUAUUGAAGUCUGUAAAUUGUAUAUUCUUCCCCUCUUAGGUGCCAUUGAGUGCAUUUGAAUUGCUCCACCCAGAGUCCUGUGUGGGCCGAGGUGGUUAAAUGUUGUUACAAGCACAUCACUAACAAGGUUUUGAGAAGCUCUCUGAAGAUGAAAAGUACUUGGAUAAUGAAGGUUUUUUUUGUAAUACAAAGAUCGAUGCUCUGUUACAUAUGUUUUGUAUGGCUUUUGGAAAAAGUAAAGAUAUUUUAAUGACAAAUAGAAAGAGGCGACGCAAGAUUUCACACAGAUUUUAAAGGGAACCAGCUGUUAAAGAGGGAAACUAAGGCGCUACUACGUAUGAAGGACUAGAGGUGAAAUAAUAUUUUUGAAAUACCUUUUAUUGAUUAACGCAUGGCCCAAGUUGCAAAUACAUUUCUUUAUCUUUCAUUAAAACUUUGAUUAAUUCAGUUUUUAUCAGGCAAAAUCAGCAAAUGAGCUCAGAGUUCAUUGUGUUUCAUGUUCCAGUUUGGUAAAAUCCUGGUUAAAGAGAAUGGAAAGAAGGUAAAGUAUGUGAUAAAACGAAGCGUUGUUAAAUUCCUCCCUCCUCCGUUACAUCAUCUCAUGCAGAAAUCUAUUUGACGGGACUCAGGGAAGUGUGGCGAAGGAAGCAAAGUCAGUCUGAAUGGGAAGUGUGACGUACUGUGUACUGAGAUGCACCCAGGAGAUACUUUCUUUUGUGGGUUUUCUGUGAAUCGGUGCACUCUGGGUAAUAUUGGCUACAUGCAGAGCUUUGAUCACCAGUAUUUUUAACCCUUUUAAAAAAAAGUUUUACUGUGUAAAAAUAUAAACAGUAUCUAUACCUAGGUUUACAGAAGACAGGUUUAUAACAGCGAGCCGACGAUAGACUAAAGGUUAGAGCUUUGUAGAACCUGUCCUAGCCUAAGAAACGCUCAGUAUUCAAGCUUUUUGAUCACAUAAGACUAAACAAAAACGUAAAAAAAGGGACCUCACUACUAACUAAUGUUACUCAACAGGUAGGAAUCAUGUUAAUGCUUUUUUACUUUUUGUGUUAGCUUGUUUUGGUGCUCUGGUUGACACAUGAAUAAUUAACCCCUUGAUGCUACAGCUGGCACCGUUUACCUUUUUUUUUUUUUUUUAUUCCACAAUUAAGAAAAAUUUGUUUCCACUUUUGUCAUUCAGUUUUGUGUGUAGGAUUUUAAUCGGGUCAUUUAGCGAUUUUGGCUGAUGAAGAAUUGUGAAUGUUAAUAAAAUUAUUUACUCUCUAUA